AUGUCUUGUUCUCUUCCUUUGUGCACUCUCUUGAUUCUUUUCUCCCUCGUCUACUCUCCUGUUAUCCUCUUUGUCAGUUCUCUUUCCUUCAAUAUAAGUAGCUUUGGCACAAAUGGAGGCGACAUACUACUCGAAGGAGCUGCGACAAUUGUGUCUGAAUCUGUUGUUCUCACCGAAGGCUCCCCAGCGCCAUCAUUAGAAGUAGGCCACAUGCGGUAUGCCGAACCCCUAGGUUUAUGGGAUUCUGCUACGGGGAAACAUGCAGACUUCUCUACUCGUUUCUCUUUCACCAUUGAUACUAUGAACUACCCUCUACGUGGUGAUGGCAUUGGCUUUUUUCUUGCUCCUGUUGACUUCUCAAUCCCACCCAACUCCGCCGGUGGAUACCUAGGACUCUUCAAUUCUACCACAUAUCAUGGUGGGUCUCAGUACCAAAUUGUGGUCAUUGAGUUCAAUACUUCCUAUAUCGAGACCAUACCAAAUGAUAUUUCAACGGAGCACAUAGCAAUCGACAUAAAAUCAGUCCCGCCAUGUCAACAUGCAACAUGGGAUUUUGCAGCACACAGCAGCAAGGCAACUAAUGUUAUGGUGACCUAUGAUUCUACUAGCAAGAAUCUUAGUGUAUUCUGGUCAUCUGAUGACAAGCCGGUUUCUCCAUAUAACAAAGAUUCCUCGAUUUCUUGCCCAGUUGAUCUUGCUGACAUUCUUCCUGAAUCAGUAAUUAUUGGAUUCUCAGCUUCUACUGGCCAAUAUUCAGAGAAACACAGCAUCAAUUCAUGGGAAUUCAACUCAAGCCCGGACAUUGUGCCUCACCGGUCCGCCAAUCUGUCAAAAAACGGGGUAGAGGUGGAUAUGUCGAAAAAGGGGGUAAGUAAGAUGUUCUUGCUUAUUUAUGAUCAAGAUGAGGAAAAAUUUGAGUUUCGGUCUCUGACUCACACUGACAAAGAGAUAGUAGCAUUGCCACUGAAAUUCUCUUAUCGAGAGUUGCUUGUUACGACAAAUGACUUUGCAAAUGAUCGAAGACUGGGCCAAGGAGGAUCCAGCCAAGUUUACAGAGGAUUUUUGAACCGUUUAGAUCGCCAAGUCGCCGUCAAAAGAAUCUUUGCAGAGUCCAGACAUUCAAAGAAGCUUUUCACCAACGAAGUGAAGAUACUAAGCCGCAUGAUACACCGAAAUCUGGUGCAAUUCCUUGGAUGGUGCCAAGAAGAAGGUGAGUUUUUGCUUGUCUAUGAAUAUAUGCCUAAUGGUAGCCUUGAUAAUCAUCUCUUUGGAACACGAAAAAGUUUGCCAUGGGAUGUGAGGUACAAGAUAGCUUUAGGGCUAGCAUUAGCCCUCAACUAUCUUCAUGAAGAUCUAGAGCAAUGCGUUCUCCACAGAGAUGUAAAAGCUGCUAAUAUAUUACUCGACACGAACUUCAACACAAAGCUCGGAGACUUUGGUGUGGCUAAGCUCGUUGACCCUCAGUUCAGGACACGAACGACGGACGUGGUAGGGACAUAUGGUUACCUGGCGCCAGAAUAUUUGAGUGAAGGUAAGGUUACUAAAGAAUCCGACAUGUUCAGCUUCGGGGUUGUGGCUCUAGAAAUCGCAUGCGGUAGGAGGACCUAUCAGGAAGGAGAAUUUCACAUUCCACUGCACAAGUGGGUUUGGCAGCUUUACCUUGCUGGAAACAUUCUUGAAGCAGCGGACGAAACAUUUGGUUCGAGUUUCGAUAGGAAGGAAAUGGAAUGCUUGAUGAUGGUGGGACUAUGGUGUGUGCAUCCAGAUCCCAAGAUGAGGCCAAAAGCGGGACACGUUAUAAGAUUUCUUCAGCUAGAAGUCCCGGUGCCUGAGUUUCCACGUGACACCUAUGAGGCCUCCCCUUCAUAUCAGCCAUCGGCACUAAGAAUAGAGUCUUCCUCUUCUAUGCAAGAAAUGAGUUCCUUUUCAGCUGGAUAGAUCAUGGCUCCUAAAGCCAUCCGGCAGCACAUGUUGACUUUUGGAAAAAUGAAACAAAUGUUGUGACGGAUUAGUUAUGCUCAAUCGACCCUUUCUUUGCUGUAAUAUAUUGUCUAGCUGCUGAUCAUUUGGUUGAUGUAGAUGUCACAGAGACAUCGGUACCGUUAAAGAUGCCCACUUCUACAAAAGCUUGUAUUGCAUAACCUGUUUUUUCAA